UAAGAGAGGGACUUUGGGAAGACAGACAGACUCCAGGGGUCUGGCAAGAGCCAAAAUGUCCAAAGGGCCUCUCAUUCUCUGUCUGCUGAUUGAGCUAUGGCGGCUUUACCUGACUCCAGCUGCAUCAGAGACUGUCGUGACAGGGUUUUUGGGUCAGUCGGUGACUUUGCCCUGCAUGUACUCAUCGUGGUCUCCUGGCAGCAAUAGCAUGUGCUGGGGCAAAGGCUCGUGUCCCAACUCCAAAUGCAAUGAGGAGCUUAUCCACACCGAUGGGACAAAGGUGCUCUCGAAGAAGUCACCCAAAUAUGCACUUCACGGGACUAUUGGGAGAGGCGAUGUGUCCUUGACCAUCUUCAGCACCAUUACAAGCGACGAAAGUGUGUACUGCUGCCGCAUAGAGGUGCCGGGCUGGUUCAAUGAUGUGAAGAAUAACGUUCGGCUAAAGCUAAUCAAAGCCCCAACAACCACGCGUCGCACCACCACACGUCACCCAACGACCACCACUAUGACAACCACAGCUGUGCUUCCAACAACAGUUGUGACUACACCUGCACUCACAACCAGCACACCACUUGAGACAACCACCACUGCCCUCACAGAGGGCACGGCAACCACGUGCCCUCUGACAACAUCAGGCUCCCUUCCUGAGGCAGCCACAAUUCUUCUGACCACUGAGCUUACCACAGAAGGGUCCACCCUCGCUGCAGAAUCAGAAACUUUCCGUUUCUCUAGUAUCUCCCAGACAAGCACUGAGGUAACUUCUGAAGGCACUACCUUACUGACAUCCAAAGAGUCCACAGCUUCAGUCUCCCAGUCAACACCCAAGGAAUCGAUAUGGGAAAUGAGUGACUCAGAGACUUUUCUUCAUAAGAAAGUGGAUGACAACCUGGUGAUGAUCAUUGUUCCCUGCCUGGUCUUUCUCCUGUGUGCACUGAUGGUGGUGUUUCUCCUUCGAGGGAAAGUCAUGAAAACCAAUUGCUUCCAGAAACACACGAGGCUAGACAACGUUGGAGAAAGUAAAAAUGUCCUCGAUGACAUACAGAAUGGAAGAGAAGAUGAAGAUGGUCUUUUCACACUCUAGUACGGCUUGAGGAUGGAGCAUUAUACGGGAAUUGUUAAAAUAAGUCUUAGGGUGCAUUGUUUUUUAAACCCCAUCGAUUCCAUUGGUGUCCUGGAGCCAGUCGUGCUCUCAUUUCACAAGUGAGAGAUGUUGUCGGGACCACACCUUCUCUGCUCUGUGCUAUAAUCUGGUCAGCAGCAUCACUGUUCAGUGAUCUCCCGCACUAUGCUUGAACACUUUCACUGACGGCGAGCUCACUACCACACCCAAGGGAGUCCACUCAAUCUCGGGACAGUUCUGAGACUUAGAACUAUGUACACGAGUGUUUCUCUCCAGAGAGCAUCUGCCUAUCAGUCCUUCUUGAACUCACUGUGCUUACACAGAACAUGUCGAAACGCUCUGCUACCUGGUACUGCUCCAGAUACUGGCAGGAGAACCCCAUGGCUCUCCAAAUUGCCUCGCCUCUGGGACAUGAUUUCUGGCCCUUUCCCUAGUUACCUUUGCCUUGUGUGCGUUUGUGUCGCUCCUUUUAUGACGAACUUAGAGUUCAGUGUCCCAUUCCGGGUGUGGGAUGAGCAGCCCUGGGUCUAUGCAUCAUCAACAAUGCAGGAUAGGACGUGGUCUUGCAGCAUAAUUUUGAUUCACCUCUAAAACGUCUCAGUUUUCUAUUGUUUUCUGUUCACAUCUGAGUGUCUUUAGAGAUGACCAUGGUGUCACCUCUUAAUUCUUGCUUGGGGAAUUUAAUUUUGGAAACAACCACGAGUCCGUCAGAGCAAAAUGUGGUGAAUGACAGGGACCUGAGACCAGAGCCAGUGCGUGGAUGUGACAGCAAGGCCGUCCAGCUUAGUGUCUAUCAAUAUAAUUCGUGGAAAUUUGGUCCUCAAUAGGAACAGAUUUAUUUAAAAACUUUAAGAGCUCGCAGCAUGAAGAACCCAGGGAGAGGAAUGAAAGCAAACCGUUGCUGAAUUAAUGAAUGAAUGAAUGAAUGAGAAGAAUGUGCACCUGAGUGGAGGCUCCCGGUUGGGCAGAAGUGUGGAAAGUCAACCAGAUGGGAAAGAAAUAGACUUCUGCUAUGCUUAGGCCAAUUGCAGCAAUAAUGAAAUAAGUGCAGAGUCUUUCAAGGAAACCACCUUUUGUAUUUCUACUCUCUUGGCCUUCUUUUAAAAAGGGAAAAAAAUCACUGGUACAGCCUGUAGAUUUCUUGCACAGACCCAGCAGUUAAUAAAAAAUCCCCCUGUCACCUGAGCACUUGGAAAGCAACCUGCCCAGAGCAGCAUGCCUUCUGGCUCAUUCUGUUGGUGCUGAGCAGCGUUGUCAGAUGUAGCUUAAGUGAAGGGAACAACGAGCAGCCUGGGCCGGCUUCUUUCUGGGCUUGACUUUCUGCACAUUAGCUUAAGAAUCUGGAAAUGACUGGUGAGCUAAACUCGAUUUUAGAAACUGAAGUGGGAAAUGGAGCUAGAGUCAGGAUCAGAGCCUCAGUUUCCCCAUCUGGAAAAUGGACUGGGACUAGAUGAACUUGUAUAGUCAGGUUCUAAUAUUUUGGGAGUCCGUGAUACACCCCAUCCUAACUCAGCUCGUGCUCCCUAGUCACCUUCAAAACAACCAGCACCAUUAAUGCCACCACCAACUUGGAUCUGACUAGAAAAAGAAGAUGGCAAGUACUUCCUAAAGAGAACAUUUAAGCUCAAUAAAUGUCUUUCUGUUUAGCAAGGGCGGGGCAUCUUCCGUCUUUUCCCAAGUAUAUUUCUGAAACUCCUUGGUCAGACUAAGAAACAUUUAAAGGAGUAACUAUCACAUUUCAGAACUGGUAAUGGCCUCCAGCAGAAGCCUCUUGCCUAGUAGUUUUCAACCUUAGCUGGACAUUGCAAUUAGCUGGGAGAGGUUUUAAAAAUCCCAAUUCUAGCAUUGCACUCUUUAAGUAAUUCUUUUGUAAUUGG